AUGUCGUAAGUGCAAACAUCAAGCACGCUCCCGAAUUCGCUCGAUUCAUAAUUUUUUUGGAGCAACGAGAGCUAUAGUAAUAGGGAGAGUUCUUGCCUUUUGUUGGACUCAUAACUGCUUGCAAGCUCGUCGCGUGACUAUAUUUUUAUCGAAUUCUGGCAGGGAGUAUGCAUCAAUAGCAAGUUAGUGGCAGUUGUUGUAGCUUUUCGCUCUAGAAAUAGCCUCUACAAGAAUAUUAAUUCUAGCUCCUAUUCGCUUGAAGCAAUUUCCUAGAACAACGCCAAAUCUAUUUUAGUCAGUUUCGCCUGCGGUCUCCGACGUCGCCAACGUCGCCGCGUGCAAGCUGGUGGGCAGUAAUUUUCUGCAACACAGUCAUACCAUCGGAAGAACCGACCGCGACCGGGAAUAAAUCCAAUUCCUUGCUUUCCCUACUUUCUAGGACAAGAAUAGCGACCUCCCCCCGGAGUUGUGGAGCAUUGAUCACCCAUCGAGAAGGAGGAGCUAGUUGUAGUAGUCACGACCUGAAAAAAUAUUCACAAGACACGACAUCGGAGCGCCUCUCCGCCUGCUAAAUAAACCAUGACCCCCUCCCCCACGACCGCCAACGGCGCCGGCGGAGUCAGAGCAAUGCCCACUAACAAGGCCGGCGGGAGUCAAUCCUCUACUGUGAACUUGAAAAAGUUCCGAAACUGGUCUGCGGAGAAGAUCGAAAUGAGAAAUCUCGCGUUGGAAAAGCUGAAUGCGCUCGGCGCAUACGAGUUUGAGGAGGACUACGAUUUCGAUAUGACAACCGCCGCGGAAUUCCUGAUGGUAGUCGACGACGUCACGGAGGAAGCAAACCCGAAAAUAGUCCGGUCGACGAUGUUGUUCCCGCUUUCCCAAAGCUACUCCUUUUUCUUCCAGGACAUGUUUUCGAUAAUGGGGGCCAAGAAAACGGGAAAGUACGAGGUGGGCUUGGAAAAAAUCUGCGACGUGUCCACCGUGCAGGAUUUUUGGCGGUUAUGGAACCAGUUGCAGGAGGGAUUCGGUGCGAUGAGUCUGUUCAAACAGGGCGUGAGACCCCUCUGGGAAGACCCGGCAAAUAAGACGGGCGGUAUAAACUGAAUAUCAGUAUAUGCUUGAGCUUUUCUGUUGUUCGAUGCCGAUGCGAUUAUUUGCGUCGCACAAAAAAAUUGGUACUGGUUUUCGAAUCGGAGCGCAACAAGUGCGUCUUGCGCAGUGCUGUGCAUCUAUCAAGAAAGCCAGGUACAACCUUGUCUUGUUUCAAAUAGGAUGAGAAAAAAUCCAAAAUCAGGUCGUUGGGUCCUCGCACAAGUUGCGGCCACUGAUCGAUUCCCUGCCUUCACGGAGUUGUGUUUGGCGUUUAUUGGCGGGCUUUUUCGAGACAUUUUGGAAGAAGCGGACGACGAGAUCCUCGGGGUAUAGAGGUUUUUGGUCGUGCUUUGAGAAAAAGAAAACCUCAGUGUGCUUGUUAAAGCGCUCGUGGUCGUGAUUACUUAUUAAUAUGCGUGACAAUUUGAUGUAAAUUCUGAGAUUUUUUCAAUGCCGCAAUUAAAAUUAUGCAAACCAUCAUCCCACAGGUUACGUUUUCCCUUUUCAAGAAGGCCUGGAAGGUCGAGAUGUGGAACAAAAACGGGUCCAGUACCGCCAUCCGCGAAAUCGACCUGCGCAUCAGAAAUAUUCUCGACGUAUUUUUUGUUUUUUCAGAUGUUUUUGUGUGGUGCUAGUAGAUAGAUGCAUGUAGUGGACAAGCAGAAUGAAUGUAUGCGUGCGUUCUUGCGCAACCGGUAGGGAGAAGUUGGUUUCAAAAAAGAACUUGAAUUGCAUGCACCACAAACUCAAUCUGAAAUCACUUUCAGGUCCAAAGCCGCGACGCUUUCAGCAUUAAGUACAGCAGUCACGACGGCUCCAGAACCGAGACUUGGAUAACCGUGUCGGACUCAUGUACGGCUUGAUGAUCGUGUUUCAUGAUCCUCGCAUGAACAAUUUCAAUUUCCUCAGCAUUUUCUCGCUACUGCAUGACAAAGUAAUAAAGUAAAAACUGUGCAUUUAUGGAAAGAAAACCUUUUUCCAGGCCCGCAGGAAGAGUGCCCGCCAUAGCACGCCUCUUCUCUCACCACGAAGAUCCGGUAGAGGUCACUGUGAUGAAUCUGCAUUGUGCCGCGACCUUCUACUGCGUCUCUACUUGCGAGCUUCUUUUUUGUUCUCGACAAAUGAAGUUCCUCACUUGUGUGCGACAACUUGCUUUUUUACAAAAAGAAAACUACACAUCAGAAGAGAAUAAUGCAUUCGACAAACUCACUUUUUUAGGCCUCCUGUGCCUUUCAAACGAUAUCACGGGGAAAGUUUUCGAAAGUGUGUGAAAUGAAGUAGAACUUUAUUGUUCCGCUGCAACAAAAGUUGUUACUAUUGCAUCGCGCUACAUUUUUCUUCUUGCAUCGUCAUCUUUUGCUUUUCUUUUUUCUUGGCUUUGUUUUUUAUUCUUGCAAAAUCAGAUUUCUUAUACUUUUGGUUGUACCGGCUUCAUUGCUUGUGUACUAGUUUUACUUUUAUUAGUGGUGCCAUACAAUUUUCAUUGUGUGUAACGCCGUCGUGCUUCGUUCGUCGUGUGGUCCUCGACAAACAAGAUGACUGAGAUUUCUACAUCAACAUCGCGAAUGAAAAAGACCACACAGACUGUUUUUCCUAUUGGCGCGCUUUCGUGAGGAGAAAGAAAUCCUGGGCGUUUUGAUGAACACAGUUCGUUGCAUGUGUACAACAUGUGACGAAGUUUUGAGUGCUUCGUUAUUAUUGUGCCAGAGUCAUCAAUAGCAAGUGGAACAAGCGGCCGCGUUUGUGGUGUUGCGACGUGCUUCUCUUUUUUCUAGUGAGCGGAGGUGGCAGAACUGCGAAG